AUGCAAAAAAGCCGUUGUCCUGUUAUCACCCCUAUAUCGCAAGAGAUUUUAGCAAAAUCCCGCUUAAACGGUGCACGAAAAGCCAUUUACUCGGUUAAUGGUGAUACCUACAUAGGAGAGUGGAAAGAUAAUAAGAAACACGGACGGGGAAUACAAAAAUGGAAGUCGAAGAAACUCAUUUACGAGGGUUUUUGGCAAAAUGGUAAACGAUGUGGCCAAGGCGUUUUAGCUGUUGUCGAGAAAAAUGGCAGCCACACUAAAAUAUAUUCGGGGAUGUGGAAGGAUGAUAAACGUCAUGGUUAUGGAGAAAACUGGUACAGUUGCUUUGAGUUUUAUGAAGGCGAGUGGUUCGCGGGGAAAAGGAGUGGCUGGGGACGGCACUACUACAAGGACGGCUCCAUGUACGAGGGCGAAUGGCUAAACGAUAAGCGAUGUGGCAACGGAAUACUACGCCUCCGUAAUGUUGCCCCCCUCAAUGUAACACGAUCUUAG